AUGAAACGUGGUCCUGAUGACGAGCCACCUGCGCGGUUGGGCCCUCGUAUGGACUCGCAAGAUACACUGGGGACAAUGAGCAAGUGGCUCGACGACUGCGUCCAAAACCAUCGCGAGUCUCACAUCGGACACGCUUCCUGCAUUCCGAAACUACACAGCUAUCGAAAUCUCCCCAAGACUUUCCGCAAUACCAUUACUUUGGCACAUCACUUGAAUAUUCGUCACAUCUGGAUCGACUCACUAUGCAUCCUUCAAGAUAGCCCAUUAGACUGGAAGAAAGAGUCUUUCAGAAUGGACCACGUAUACUCCAACUCUACCUGCAACAUCAUUGCAGCACAAUCCGAAGAGUCUGACGGUGGUCUCUUCGCAAUGAGAGACCCAUCCGUUUUGGAAACAUUUGUUGUUUGCUCAGAGAGGACGGAUAUCCCAUCCGGCCAGUACACCGUCUGGGAUCACAUGUCCAUCUUGAACGACUACAACAGAGCUCCGCUGUACAAGCGCGGCUGGUCUUUCAAGAGCGCCUACUCCCCAAGAGAAGUCUUCAUUUCGGCAAAGACCAAGUCUUUGGAAAUCUUGCCCGACGGCAUACCAGUGGUUCCAGAUAGCGAAGUGGUCGAACACGGAAAAGCCGUGACCCGAAUUCGCAGAAUGCGCCUCCUAGUGGACUCAUCGCCAGGUGAUUCACCAGAGGAUGACGAUUUUUUCGCUGAUAUCUGGGAGCGCCUAGUUGAGGAGUACUCGGGCUGUAGCUUGACCUACGAAAAGGAUAGACUCGCAGCCUUGAACGGAAUGGCAGGCCUCUUUUCUGAUGCCUCUUUGAGCAGAUACAUCUCCGGUAUCUGGAACAUACACGUCACCCGACAAACCUGCUGGAGCUUGAACCCUGCAGCGGAAAAGAAGCCCCGACCUAGUCAUCCCGCGCCAUUUUGGUCGUGGGCAUCCGUGCAAGGCAAAAGUCUCAUUCAAGGCCAUCAUGAAUAGCGAUGAGAGUAUUGUACACCUCGCGCGUCAGUUUUACCACAGUUCCCACGACAGUACUCCCGCAGGACGCCGGAAACCACCUGGAGGCUACGUUGGCUUGAGCGGUAGCGUCUACACUCUCAAAG